AUGGCCGAAGGCUUCGCUGGCUUUGCAAAUACGGCGGGCCACUUCGUCGUCGACUUUGGUGCUGCGGGAGAGGGUGCAGCCCAGAUACGUGAAGUUAUCCGCCACUUGCAUUUGGGUCACGUUCAGGGUGAUUUGCGGCGCAUUGUGGGCAGUGUUGGGUGGCGGUUGAUGCAUGACCACCGUCUCCUCAGUGUUGCUGAUCAGGCCGAAGUUCUCGCAGGCGGCGACGAAGAGGUCCAUGCUCCUUUGCAUGUCCACUUCAGAGGUGGUGUUAAGGGCUCAGUCGCCGACGAGGAGGAGUUCGUGGACGGUGGUUGUGGAUACACGCGACUGGAAGUGCAUGCGCCUGUGGUUGAGGAGGUGACCGUCCGACUCGUAAGCCAUAGGGAUCCCGGGACAUUCGUCACAGUAGGCGUUCAUCAGCAUGGCAGAGAACAUAAGACUGAAGAUCGUUGACAAGAGGGCGCAAUCCUGCUUUAUUCCGUUGGAUACUUCGAAUAUCUCUGAGACAGUUCCGUUGUCCGUGACGCUCGCCACCAUACCAUCGUGGAGCUGACGCACCAUCUGGGUGAAUCGUUCGGGACAACAGAAUUUCUGCAUGGUUUUCCAAAUUCCUUCGUGAUUCUCCGUGUCGAAGACUUUCGUCAGAUCCACGAAGGUAGAGUAAAGGUGAGUCCGUCUCUCCUGGCACUUCUCUCCUACAGUUGUGUGGGGCAGCAAAGAUAAUGUUCGUGAUCCCACGAUGACGAAGAAAGCCGCACUCGCUUUCCGACAGAAGACCUUGUUCUAGGUGGUUGUUCAGACGAUUGAGAAGAAUGCGAGCAAAGAGUUUCCCGGCAGUGUUCAAAAGAGAGAUGCCUUGGUUGUUGUCGCAGAGCUUGUGGUUGCCUUUCCGCUUAUAAAGAUAGGCAGUUUUGACGUCCUUUAAAUCCUGCGGGACUUCACCUCGACACCACAUCUCUUGGAAGAACGUCGUCAGAUGAUCCAUGAGUUGGGGGUCAUCGUGCUUGUAGAUCUCAGCAGGGAUCGCGUACGAUCCGGGCGCUUUCCCGUUGGAGAGCUGCAGCACGGCCCCGAUGGUUUCGUGGAGAGAGAGCGGAAGGUCGAGGUCCACGCUGGUCUCCACUUGAGGCAAACGGGCGAUGGUGGCGUCGGAGAUGAUGGAGGGACGGUUAAGGAAGCCUCGUAAGUGCUUGGCCUAUUUCUGCAGAUUUUGUGUCUUCUCAGUGAGUAGGGUACUGCUGUCGACGCUGAGAAGAGGAGCAUUUGUCUAUAGCUGUGGGACCAUAGACAGCAUUGACCUACGCGAUCCUCGUACCUCUGGAUCUCCUGGGCUUUGUAAGCCGUUCAAGCGCCCUGCAUCUCACGGAACCGCUGUUUUACAAGUCAGCGACCACAGUAGACAGCAACUCUGUUGUCAUCGGUGGGGCGGUCGACGUAGGCUUUGUGCAGGCGGUCCUUCUUGUCGAGCGGGCUGAUGAUGACGAAGUCAUUGUUGUCGAACCGGUUCUGGUGUAGGCAGCGUGCGUGACCGAGGACGACCAGCGCCCUAGACUGGACUGUGGCCCGCAGUUGACACCAUCGGUCGUCAACGGAGGCGUUUUUUUCAGCGGCGGCAGCGACUAGAAGGUUGUCUAGCCGCUGAGCUAGCUCGUUGUUGCAACGGAGAUGGUGAGCAGGAAGAGACAACAAAGCAAUAUUCAGCCUACCUGGGGAUCGCUUACCUUGAGGUCUCCCGCGAGGCUGUAGGCGAAUCUGCAUCUUCGAGUUGACGAGACGAUGGUCGGCCUUCCCUUCGGCACCCGGGAUCUCCUUUGUCACCAGCACUUUCCGCUGAUGUCGCUCCCGGAUGAGGACAUGGUUCAGCAGGUGCCGAGGGUGCAUCCAAGUGGCCUUCUCCCACACCGGGAUGAGGAAGGUGUUAUUCAGGAUGAGGCGGUGUUCUGCGCAGGUUCGUAGAGGGAGCAGGCCAUUGUCAAUGGAGCCGUCGAGACCAUGGGGACCUAGCACUCCUCUCCAGGCCGCAUGGUCUGCGUCGACGCGGGCGUUGAAGUCGCCAAGGAAAAUAACUUAUCCGCCUUCAAACAGUCGUCAGGAGGGCAUGCAGGUCCUCGUAUAAUUUUUCCCUUGAGGCGUCGGGGCUGGGCAUCGGUGGAGCUUAAACGCUGAUGAUGAUUGCGAAUUUGCCUCCUCGGAGAGGCGGGUGUUAGCUAAUCAGACGAUCGUCGAUGUCCUGCGGCAGACAGGGCUGUCGUCCCACGAUGUUGCUCCGGAUGGCAAAGGCGACACCGGCGUUCCAUCACUCUGCCUUGGGGCGACCGCUCCAGGAGGUGUAGCCGGUACCCACCUCCUCCAGUUGGCCUUGUCGGGAGAGCCGGGUCUCGCUGAGUACUGCGAUGUCCACCUUGUAGCGCGCCAAUUACCAAGCCACUAGUGUCGUUCUCCGUUCCGGUCGGUUGCUCCUCGGGUUGUCUAAAAGCGAACGAACAUUCCAGGAUGUCAGAGUAAGCGGACUCACCCUAUCAGUCUGGCGAGUGGGGCGGCGGAGAGGAGUAGGAAGUGGGAGAGAGAGUGUGUGAUGUUUCGAUUUUGAUUGCUUUGACAGAGGAGGAGAAGGAGACCUUGAGUCUAAAGUCUGCGACCACGGUCAGCGUGCAGAUGGUGUGGUUUCCAAGCAUUUGUUUAGGGUACCUUUUCCAACCUCCUCCCCCUCACGGGGAUGAGCAGUGUCACCCCAAGUAGGGCUGCUCAGUUGUGUCAGGAGCUGCCGAACUCCACUAUAGGCCACGGGUUUGAUGUAGUGGAAGAACGACCCGAGUUGGCUUAGGAGGGCCUACAACAUCAGCGUAAUCUUAUGGCCUCCUGCGGUGUUCAGGACGUAGCCUUGUGCUGAGGUACUGGAAUAAUUUACAUUUGACAAUUUAGUCUGUUUUCUUUGCCGAGAUUGCUUGUUUGAGUGUGACAGAAAACAACACACCUGUACAACCCGUCUUGCCAGCGUGCUCCGCUGUUGUGCUCUGUUGUCAGGUUUCUUAACGUGCAAAAUCUGUAUAUUAUUCUCUGCUCAGUUUUACUUGCUGCCUUUAAGGAUAGGGGCUCGUGGGAUAUAAAUCGUCAGUUCGUGAGCACAUUACCAUCUACGUCAUUGGUGACCCCGACGUUAACGCAGACUUUAUACCUUUCUAUGUCAUACUGAAUAACAUACUAAUUGUUUGUGAAUUUCUAUUCCAUUUACAUUUACUUUCCUCACGAAUUCUGAUAUUUUGCCACCUCUUUCUUAUUAUAUCUCACUACAACCAACAACUUGAUGCCCCCGCCCAGUCCCUUCAUGCCACCAAUUUAACCUUGCCUGAAUUCUGGCAACACGCUCCAGAACUUUAUUUCCUCUGCAUCGAAUCAGCCUUUUAUUCUGUUAACGUUACCAAGGAGUUGGCGAAAUACCUCGAACUCGCGGAGGUCCUCCCCGCUAGUCUCAUCUCUCAAGUUCAGUCCUUGCUAUCAAAUCCUCCAGCAGAUGCUCCCUAUUCCACGCUAAAGGUAGAAAUUCGUCGACUUAAAUUUGUGUCCGACCGACAGCGGUAUCAUCAGUUAAUUAAGGAAGAGUCACUGAGUGACCGGAAGCCCUCAAAACUACGUCUAAUGCGUUUUCUCCUUGGAGACAUGCAGGUUGACGAGAAAUUCGUCAAGAAGAUGUUUAUAGAGCGUCUGCCUGCAGAUGUUCAAACGAUUCUGGCGUCCAAUUCUCAAGAUCUCACGAUCUCACAGCUGGCUGAGAUGGCGAAUCGAAUGAUAGAGGUGCAGCGGUUCCAGUCACUGUCCGUUGCCCAGAUCUCCUCAUCCUCAUCAUCAGUGAAUGAGCAUUUAAUGAAGCAGGUGUCGGCCAUGGCGGAUGAAAUGGCCUCCCUUAAACUACAGCUCGCCCCCCUUACUUCCAGUCGCCCACGCAACCGUCUUCGUUCUCGUUCGCGACCUCGGACUGCCGAUACUUGUUGGUAUCACACUAAUUUCGGCGUAAAGAUCCGCUGCUGUUUUUCACCGUGCUCUUUUAAGCCGAAACAAAGAAACCAGUCAGCCAGAGAAUAGAUGCGACCGUUUUCUCUGGCUCUUCCGGCUCUGGUCGUACCUUCUGUGUUUGCGACACUGCGACUCACAGACGUUUCCUGGUGGACACUGAAGCCUAAAUCAGCGUUGUUCCCCCAACUGCAGCUGAUCGUCGUUUCCCUAGCCCUGGUCUUCACCUCUAAGCUGUCAACUGUUCUCCCAUCCCCACUUUCGGCAGUCUGUCCCUCACCCUGAACAUUGACCUUCGUCGGUCAUUCGCUUGGAUCUUUGUGAUUGCUGGUGUCCCUCAUGCUCGGACGUUCUUGCCGUGUUCGAUCUCCGUGUUGACUGCCGACGUGUCCGUCUCCUUGACCGCACAACCGGUCUGUUUGUUUGUGGACUAACACCCUUCACUGCCCCCAUCAACUUAUCUGUCUUGGAUAAGGAUAUUGCUAGCCCCUUUCGGCAACUGCUUCUUAGUCACUACAACAUAAUUAAUCCCCAGUUUUGCAGUGGUGAGGUUCAACAUGCUGUUUUGCACCACAUCCGCACCUCAGGUCCUUCAGUGUUUUCUCGGCCGAGACGACUAACACCAAGACUUUUUCAGGCUGCGAAGGCGGAGUUUGAACACAUGCUGCAACUGGGAAUAAUUCAAUCGUCCGAGAGCCCUUGGACGUCCCCACUGCACAUGGUGCCCAAGGCGACAUCAGGCAACUGGCGACCCUGUGACGACUAUUGAGCCCUCAACAGCGCUACCAUUCCUGAUCGGUACCCCGUGCGUCAUCUUCAGGACUUUGCAGGAGCCCUUUUCGGCAAAGCGGUUUUCUCAAAGAUUGAUCUGGUGCGUGCUUUUCAUCAGAUUCCAGUCGCCCCCGAGGACAUCCCUAAAACCGCCGUCACCACACCCUUCGGUCUCCUUGAGUUCAUCCGCAUGCCGUUCGGUCUUCGUAAUGCCGCCCAAACGUUCCAGAGGUUCACCGACCAUGUCUUACGUGGCCUACCAUUUGUGUACGCCUACAUUGAUGACCUCUUGGUGGCCAGCCGGAAUAUGGAAGAACACAAAGAGCAUCUUGCCUUGGUGUGUGACCGCCUUGACAAUUUUGGCGUUGUCAUCAACCCCCCCAAGUGCGUGUUGGGUGGGCUUUUGCUCGAGUUCCUCCGCCAUCAGGUCGACUCUGAAGGUUCGCGUCCCCCCUCUCCAAGGUUGAAACCGUUCGUAAUUUCGCUCCAUCAACUUCCAAGUGACAGUUACAGCGAUUCCUCGGCAUGGUUAAUUUUUACCGUCAGUUCCUACCGAACUGUGCUGACCUCAUGUUGCCGCUCACCAACAUGCUUUCUGGUCCCAAGGAUCCCCUCGAGCUGACUGGUGAAGCACUGACUGCUUUUGAGAGAAUCAAGAAUUCCCUUGCCGACGCCACCUUACUCACGCAUCCCACUACCGAAGCUCCGCUGUCUCUGAUGGUAGAUGUUUCGACCGUAGCCGUAGGUACAAUCCUUCAACAACCCCUUGCUGGCUCGACUCGACCCCUUGCCUUUUUCUCCAAAAAGCUCUUACCAGCUGAGACACGCUACAGUACCUUUGGCCGUGAACUGCCUGCUAUUUACCUGGCUGUGAAGCAUUUCCGGCAUUUCCUUGAACGUCACGACUUCACUGUUUUCACUGACCACAAACCGUUGACUUUUGCAUUUCGUUCCCGCUCCGACAAAUGCAAUCUGAGGGAACUCGCCCACCUGGACUACAUCUCCCACUUCACCACCGACAUCCGCCACGUUGAUGGCACGAAGAAUGAGGUGGCUGAUAUGCUGUCCAGACCCUCACUGUCUUCCCUCCAACUCUCACACGGGAUCGAUAUUUGCGCCAAGGCGGCUGAGCAACAGCGGGUCGGUUGUCCUGGUGACGAGUCUGUUAGUGGUCUCCAACUCAAAGACGUUUCUCUGACCACCGGCUCUGGUGCCAUACUUUGUGACGUCUCAGCUCCCUUUCAUCACCCUGUCGUGCUUGCCUCGAUGCGUCGAGCUAUAUUUCAAACCCUGAAUUUACUCCCCCACCCUGGGAUUCGAGCCUCUCAAAAGCUCCUCACGGAAAGGUUUGCCUGACCUGGCAUGAACAAGGACGUCAAAACUUGGGCUCGGUCGUGUCUGAGCUGCCAGCGCAACAAGGUGCAGCGUCGCAACAAGUCUCUACCGGGCACUUUCCCCAGUCCCGACGCACGGUUCAGCCAUGUGCCCCUGGAUGUCGCAGGCCCCUUGCCUCCAUUCAAUGGUUUCACUCACCUCCUUACCUGUGUCGAUCGAUAUACCCGCUGGGCUGAAACUAGUACUUUGCCGAAUGCGCAGGCUGAAACCAUCGUGAAGGCCUUCGUCAGUCGUUGGAUCGCCAUGUUCGGUGCCCCAUCCACGGUUACGACUGAUCUUGGUGCCCAGUUUGAGUCGGUACUCUUCCAAACGCUCCUCAAUUUCCUUGGCUGCACACGCAUUCGGACGACAGCCUACCACCCAACUGCCAACGGUAUGGUUGAGCGUUUCCAUCGCCAGCUAAAGACCGCCCUGCGUGCCGUAGAAGAUCCAGGAAACUGGUCAGACAACCUUCCUCUUGCAUUCCUGGCAUCCGUGAUGCUCUGA